UCCGGCAGACCUUCACACAGCCCAGAGCACUCUGCCUGCUGCCCGCCUGCCUGCCACUGAGGGUACCUCCAAGGAGCUGGGCCGGUCGAAAAGUCUUGGAAAGAACUAGGAAUGACGAGCCCGAUAUAGACGUUUGUGGGGACAAAAGAGGGAAGACACGGCUGCUGCCCACCUUGACUAAACGCUGCUUGGAGGCAGAGGAGAAUUCUUGUUUUUGCGUAGCCACAGGAGGAGGAACAGAGUAGACCAGAAGUUGGAGGGAGGGUUCCCAGCAUCAUGAGGGCCUGGAUCUUCUUCCUCCUUUGCCUGGCCGGGAGGGCCUUGGCAGCUCCUCAACAGGAAGCCCUGCCCGAUGAGACAGAGGUGGUAGAGGAAACCGUGGCUGAGGUGGCAGAGGGACCUGUGGGAGCCAACCCCGUGCAGGUGGAAGUGGGAGAAUUUGACGAAGGUGCCGAGGAAGCCGAACAGGAAGUGGUGGCUGAAAACCCCUGCCAGAACCACCACUGCAAACAUGGCAAAGUGUGUGAGCUGGAUGAGAACAACACCCCCAUGUGCGUGUGCCAGGACCCUACCAGCUGCCCUGCCCCCAUUGGCGAGUUUGAGAAGGUGUGCAGCAAUGACAACAAGACCUUCGACUCUUCCUGCCACUUCUUUGCCACCAAGUGCACCCUGGAGGGCACCAAGAAGGGCCACAAACUCCACCUGGACUACAUUGGGCCUUGCAAAUACAUCCCCCCCUGCCUGGACUCCGAGCUGACCGAAUUCCCCCUGCGCAUGCGGGACUGGCUCAAGAACGUCCUGGUCACUCUGUACGAAAGGGACGAGGACAACAACCUUCUGACCGAGAAGCAGAAGCUGCGAGUGAAGAAGAUCCAUGAGAACGAGAAGCGCCUGGAGGCUGGAGACCACCCCGUGGAGCUGCUGGCCCGGGACUUCGAGAAGAACUACAACAUGUACAUCUUCCCCGUGCACUGGCAGUUUGGCCAGCUGGACCAGCACCCCAUUGAUGGGUACCUGUCCCACACGGAGCUGGCCCCACUGCGUGCACCCCUCAUCCCCAUGGAGCACUGCACCACCCGCUUUUUUGAGACCUGCGACCUGGACAAUGACAAGUACAUCGCCCUGGAUGAGUGGGCCGGCUGCUUCGGCAUCAAGGAGCAGGAUAUUGACAAGGAUCUGGUGAUCUAAAUCCACGCCUGCCUCCCUCCUCCCGCAGUUCCGGAUCCUCCCUCUUUGAUCUUCCCCUUCCUGUUUCCCCCAAAGUUUAAAAUGUUUGGAUGGUUUGUUGUUCUGCCUGGGGACAAGGUGCUAAUAUAGAUUUACAUGAAUACAUUAACGGUGCUAAAAAUGGAAAUUGUAACCCAAGUCAUGACAUUCUUAGGUGUAACUGCUCUCACUGCCUCUUGCUCGCCCACUAACGGCCCCAUUUUUCUCUCGCCCCUUGCGGUGUCCCCCGUUGUCUUAGUGGCGUGUGGGUGGGAACUUUGAUCUGCUCAAGCCUGCCUUCAACACACAUUGCGUCUUCAGAUUUUUUCUCCUCUUCUGUUUGAAACUAACGCUCACCAAGGUAGUCUCUGUGUUCAUUUUAUUUCAGGGUAUUGGCUGCCGGUGGGGGGGGGGGGGGCUCUUCCCCUCAUGGCCUGAAGGUGGGAAAGGGAAGUAACAGGCACGUGAUGCUGGCAAGGAUGUUUCUGGGACUGGAGGCCUAGUGGGAGAAAGCCGUGCGGAACCCGCCAGCCAGAACCGCAGGUGGCAAGGCUGUGGCUGGGAGAAAGGACCCGAGUCUGUGUUAGGAAAGUAUGUUAACUCUCGCGUACGCCAGUUCCGCACCAAGUCCCCCUCAUCUUUCGGUGCCGUUUCUUUUCACGUUAGGCUGUUUGUCCAAACUUUUGGGAGCCGGGGUGGACCAUCAGCUCUCUGGAAUCCGCCAGGGCCCUGCGAGGGUGGGUCACCACACCGUGCGGGGCUUCUCCCCUCCUAGAUGUCUUUGGGAAAUGCAGGACUGGGAGGUGCUUUCGACCAGGAAGGCCAAGGUCUAGAGCGAGGUGUAGAAAGUUGUAAAAUAGAAGUGUGGUUGGUGAAUUUUUUUUUUUUUCCACAUUUAGAUAGCUGUCACAAGAGGUCUUUCCCUCGGUUUCUAGCACGUCCCUCCUUUUCUCCCUCUCCCCACUUUUUUCCUUCUAUCAGUCAAGAGUAACUUCAAAGUCAAUGGGAUGGUCGGAUCUCACAGGCUGAGAACUCGUUCACCUCCAAGCAUUUCAUGAAAAAGCUGCUUCUCAUUAAUCUUGCAAACCCUCGCCAUGAUGUGGGGAGUUUGACAAAUCUUUCAAAAUAAAAAGUAAUGACUUAGAAACUGC